CUGGAGCGGCACCGCCUCACCGCCGGCACCACGUGGCACACGGCCGGGCUGCUGUGGCAGCUGCGUCCCAGCGACGUGGAGGUGGAGCUGCUGGCCCACACGCGGCGCGUGGUGAGCCAGGAGCUGCCGGAGGAGACGGGGCUGCACGCCGGCUGGAUCCAGAACGGCGGCAGGCUGGACGAGUACAAGCGGCUCAUGUCGCUUGGAAAGGUCUACGGCGUGGAGUCCUACGUAUUGUCCCCCUCUGAGACCAAGGACCUGUACCCGCUGAUGAAUGUGGAUGACCUGUAUGGCACACUCUAUGUCCCUAAGGAUGGCACCAUGGAUCCGGCUGGCACCUGCUCAACUCUUGCUAGAGCAGCAACUGCCAGAGGCGCUGCGAUCAUAGAGAAUUGCCCAGUGACUGGCAUCCAGGUGAAAGCCGAUGAUCUGGGUGUGAAGAGAGUGUCUGCAGUAGAGACGCCCUACGGGACUAUCCAGACUCCCUGCGUGGUGAACUGUGCAGGUGUGUGGGCCCCAGCCCUGGGCCGGAUGGCCGGUGUCCACGUGCCGCUGGUGGCGAUGCACCACGCCUACGUGGUGACGGAGCGCAUCGAGGGCAUCCAGAACAUGCCGAACGUUCGAGAUCACGACGCCUCGGUGUAUCUCCGUCUCCAAGGCGAUGCCCUUUCCGUGGGUGGAUAUGAGUCAAAUCCAAUAUUCUGGGAGGAGGUAUCUGAUAAAUUUGCUUUUGGCCUCUUUGAUCUGGACUGGGAUGUUUUCAUGCAACACUUUGAAGGUGCUGUCAACAGAGUCCCGGUGCUGGAGAAAACAGGAAUUAAAUCCACUGUCUGUGGGCCAGAGUCAUUCACAGCCGACCACAAACCACUCAUGGGAGAAGCCCCAGAAGUCCGAGGCUUCUUCCUCGGCUGCGGUUUCAACAGCGCUGGAAUGAUGCUUGGAGGCGGCUGCGGCAGGGAACUGGCUCACUGGGUCAUCCACGGGCGGCCAGAAAAGGACAUGUACGGCUACGACAUCAGGCGCUUUCCCCGCUCCCUCACGGACAACAACCGCUGGCUGCGCGAGCGGAGCCACGAGUCCUACGCCAAGAACUACUCCGUGGUCUUCCCCUACGACGAGCCCCUGGCGGGACGCAACAUGAGGAAAGACCCCCUGCACGAGGAACUGCUGGAACAAGGCUGUGUUUUCCAGGAGAGACACGGCUGGGAGAGGCCUGGCUGGUUCAACCCCAAGGGAGCAGCUCCGGUCCUGGAUUACGACUACUACGGGGCUUACAAGCGGCAGCGUCACAGCAACUACACCUACAACCAGCUGCUGGGGGCCGAGUACACCUUCGACUUCCCCCCGCAUCACCACGUCAUCAAGAAUGAAUGCUUAACGUGCAGAAAUGCCCUGGCUCUCUUUGACAUGUCUUAUUUUGGGAAAUUCUACCUGGUUGGUCCUGAAGCGACAAAAGCGGCGAACUGGCUUUUCACCGCUGAUGUUAGCAAAGCACCAGGUACUGGUUCAACCUUGUUAUUUCAGCUUCACAGUGCCGGGGGGGUUAUUGAUGUUCCUACCACGGGGUGUCUUGCAGGGGACGGCUACUACCUGGCUGUCGGCGGGGCCGUGGCGCAGCACAACUGGUCGCACAUCAGCACGGUGCUGCAGGACCUGAAGCUGCAGUGCAGCCUCCUGGACUGCUCCGAGGAGCUGGGCAUGCUGAGCCUGCAGGGCCCGCUCAGCCGCACUGUGCUCCAGGACGUGCUCGACACGGAUCUCAGCAACGAGGCCUUCCCCUUCUCCACCCACAAGCUGGCCAAGGUGGCGGGAUGCACGGUCCGUGCCAUGAGGUUGUCCUUCGUCGGCGAGAUGGGCUGGGAGCUGCACGUGCCCCGGGCGGACUGCGUGAGGGUCUACCAAGCGGUGAUGAAGGCGGGCGCGCGGCACGGCAUCGCCAACGCCGGCUACCGAGCCAUCGACAGCCUGAGCAUCGAGAAAGGGUACAGACACUGGCACGCGGACCUGCGCCCCGAUGACACCCCGCUCGAGGCGGGUUUGGCCUUCACCUGCAAGCUCAAGUCGGACAUCCCCUUCCUGGGCCGGGAGGCCGUGGAGGCUCAGAAGGCCGCCGGCCUCCCCCGCCGCCUCGUCUGCUUCACCACCGACGAGAAGGUGCCCAUGUUCGGCCUGGAGGCCGUGUGGCGGGACGGCCAGGUGGUCGGCCACAUCCGCCGGGCCGACUUCGGCUUCGCCAUCGACAAGACCAUCGCGUACGGCUACAUCCCCGACCCCUCUGCCUCGCAGGUCUCGCUGGAUUUUGUGAAGAGCGGCAGCUACGAGCUGGAGCGCAUGGGAGUCACCUACCCGGCCCGAGCGCACACCAAGUCCCCCUUCGACCCGGACAACAAGCGCGUGAGGGGCAUUUACUGAGCGACAGGCGGCG